UAAGUUGAUCUGUCGACGAACUCCAAUUUUUUCAGCUUAUAAAUUAGUUUUUCGUACGUUUGAAUUAGAGAGAAAGGGAAGGAAAGGAAAGAUGUACAAGUCGAAAUUGCAAGAGCUCUGUCAGAAGAAAGCAUGGAGGUUACCGGAAUACAACGUUACAAAGAAAGGACAAGAUCACAAUCCUAGUUUCGAAGCUACCGUCGACGUGAACGGCAUGUCGUUUCAGUCUCAGAAUCCGGCCAAGUCUUCCAAAGAAGCCCAAAAUAACGCCGCUCAUCUCGCUUUCCUUCAUUUCACUGCUCCUCCCCUCGUUGAUCAUGGUUCUUCAAAUGCAAUUACAAAUUUUGAUGGUGAUAUUGCUAACAGAAGGGUACAGCAACUAGAAGCAGAUCGAGAUUCUCUUGUCAAGGAACCUGCUUCCAUCUGCAACAAUAAUGAAAAAUUUAAAGAUAUGCAACAUUUUUACAAAAAUGUAUUGCAAAAUUAUGCUCAAAAGAGAAACCUUAGCCGGCCUGUGUAUUAUUGUGAGUCUGAGGGUCCGCCUCAUGCAAGUCGCUUCAGGUGCAAGGUCACUAUCAAUGAAAAAUUCUAUGAGAGUUUGGAGUUCUUUCCAACGAUAAAGGAAGCCGAGCAUGCAGCUGCAAGAAUUGCAUUAUUGUCUUUGGCACCGGAUACCAUUGAAGAGGUCCAGGAAGACUCUAGCUUAUACAAGAACCUGUUGCAAGAAUUAACACAGAAGGAAGGUUGCCUUCUACCAGUUUACACUACAACAAGAUCCGGUGAAGCCCAUGCAUCGAUGUUUGUUUCCGUUGUGGAGGUAAAGGGAGAGACUUUUACUGGGCAGGAAGCAAAAACCAAGAAGCAGGCUGAGUUUUUGGCAGCGAAAGUUGCAUAUACAAAGUUAAAAGAGUGCAAGUCAAAUAGGUGCUCUGUGGAUAUUACUCCGGCCUACUGUGGACCAGAAGUGCAUGUGGUCUCAGCUUCUCACUUGCCAACAAACGUCAAUGCUGUUACCCAACAAAAUUUUGGAUUCGAAGCCGGCAUGUUGCUUAAUUCUAGCUCAACUUCAAGGUCUGAUAUGCAGGAGGAUCGAGUUAAGGUAACAUUUCUUGAUCCUGUUCGGCCAUCCUCACCUAUCCUGUCCGAACAUCCUCAGCCGGAGGAUAACCUCUGUAUUUCUAAUAUUCUGUCUAAAGGCUUGGCUACUACGAAUCCAGUUGACUGUUCAAUCAUACAUCCUGUUGAAAUGAGUACCUUAUCCUGUAACAGGGUCAUAGUUCAUCCACGCGUGCCGAACAUGAAGUUUCCUGCAGGUAGCACUGUUCUGCCGAUGAGUGACGACGAUUGGGUUGCCGUUAAGGUUGGAUCUGAACCUAACCAGUGACUUCCGACAUAUUUAUGUAUGUUAAAAACAAUGGAACUCGCAUGAGAACUCCCCUAUGUUAUUUAGGGCUUUCUUUUCCGUUUUAAAACUGUUCUU